UCGGCCACUCAGAUUCAGUAGCGGAGCCCGCGAACCCCCAACGAGCUGCCGUCUUGCUGGAGGGUUGACUUCGGGCGGAAGCGGCUUUGUAGCCUAGGAGAAGCGACAUGGGGGUGAAGCUGGAGGUGUUUCGGAUGACACUCUACCUCACCUUCCCCGUGGCCAUGUUCUGGAUUGCCAAUCAGGCCGAGUGGUUUGAGGACUAUGUCAUACAGCGCAAGAGGGAGCUGUGGCCACCUGAGAAAGAGGACCAGCGCCUGGAGCUAGAAGAAUUCAAGGAGAGGAUACGGAAGCAGCGGGAGGAGAAGCUUCUUCGUGCAGCCCAGCAGAGCCCCUGAGUCCUAGCCGCCCCCCCUCAGCUCACGAAAUAACACACACACACGGUUCCUUGUUU